UGCUCAUACGACAGCUAAUUAAGUUGAAGCUUUGUAUUCACCGAAAUAUUUAAUCUUUCGAUCCUUCCCAUGGCGCUAAAUCAGUCUCCUCAAGUAGCAGCAGCAGCAGCAGCAGAGCAAAGCGAUGAAACACAGAGAUAUGGGUCGACAACCGGUGGUGGUUUUACACCGAAUCAUCCCUGUCCCUGCAUCACCUUCAAACAACAAGAUCCAGAAGCAGCAAACUGCAAUCGUAUUCUUUUUCCUUGGAGCACUUCUCGUCCUUCUUAUUCUAAUCAUCAUCAUCAUCAUCUUACUUAUUUCUCGAAAACUAACAACACCCUCAAAGCAUAGAUCAUCGGCCAAGACGACACCAAUCGGAAGGAACCAAGGUCUAAUAACUUAUUUUGAGUUCCAUACAUUAAAGAAGGCAACAAACAAGUUCCACGAAACUAAUCUUCUCGGAAGAGGUGGAUUCGGUUCAGUCUACCGGGGUAAGCUGAUCGACGGGAGAAUGAUUGCUGUGAAACAACUAUUACAUGAAAAAUCUCAUCAAGGAGAAUCUGAGUUCUUGGCAGAGGUGAGUAUGAUCACAAUCAUACAACACAAGAAUCUAGUCCGCCUCCAUGGAUGUUGCAUUAAAGGGAAACAGCAAGAAGAGUUGAAUUGGAACACUCGUUUUCAAAUAAUAAUCGGUGUUGCUCGUGGUUUACAAUACCUGCACGAAGACUCCCCUGUUAGAAUCGUGCAUCGUGACAUAAAAGCUAACAACAUUCUUCUUGAUGACAAGUUUCAACCAAAGAUUAGUGAUUUUGGUCUGGCUAGAUUCUUCCCAGAUGAUCAAGCUUAUCUCAGCACAAAUUUUGCAGGAACCUUAGGUUAUACUGCACCUGAAUAUGCAAUUCGAGGGGAGUUAACUGAAAAGGCUGAUAUUUAUAGCUUUGGAGUUGUUGUUCUUGAAAUAAUAUGUGGUCGAAAAAACACAGAUUUAACUCAACCGCGAGAAAUGCAGUACCUUCCUGAAUAUGCAUGGAGAAUGCGAGAGAGGAGAAGGGUGCUUGAGUUACUUGAUCCGAAGAUGAAAGUUGAUGUUUUUUGUGAUAGAGAUGUUAUGAGGGCUAUAGAUGUUGCUUUCUUGUGCAUUCAACCUCGUCCAAAUGCUAGACCACCGAUGUCUCAGAUUGUUGCACUUCUAACAUGUCGGGAUUACAUGGAAAGGGAACCGAAAAAGGAAGAGGAAAUGUUCUAUUGGGAUACCAUUUCUGAGAUUUUGUCUUCCUCUCUUAAGACCGACUCCCCAUGA